ACAAGUUUAGCCGCUGGCGACAGUUUCGGUGAGCUGUCCAUUCUGUACAAGAUGCCAAUGCAUGCAGAGUUCUCCGCAAAGGAGGAUUGCACCAUGUACGUGAUCGACCGCCAGCACUUCACUGCCUGCUUCAAUCGGAGAGGGAAGCGCUUCGAUGAAUUUCUCAGCUUGCUGGAAGAGGUCCAAAUUCUCUCACCACUCUUGGCAUCUGAAAGGUUUGAGCUGGCAUGCAAUGCCAUAGGUCUGGUGGAAUUCCAGCCUGGUGAACGCGUGCUUCACCAAGGGCUGAUGCGGUCGGCCAAGCUGUGGUAUGUGAUACACUCAGGAACGGGUGUGGUGAGCUUGGACCAAGAGAAAAAUGGGAAGAAGGAGAACGAGUUCCUCACCAACUUAAGUCGUGCAGCACAUUUUGGUGAGCGGUCGCUGCUGCGUGCUGCACUAAGCAACGCUGAGCAGCAACACGCCUCCCGUUCCAUGAUCGGCGAUAAAUCUACUUUCCAAAAGAAGUGGAUGGUUUGCUACAGUGCAGUCAAGGUGGAGAUGCGGCGGCUCCCGUCAAUAUCGAUGCGGGGCCAGAUG